AUGGGUAAAUCUAAAAGAAGAUCUAGAGCUUCUCGCUUCAAAAGCGCACCGCUAGGUAAAAAAGAUAAAUCAGCUUUGAACGAUGAGGCGGUUAACGUUAAGAGGAUUCUGCCGCUUCUUAAACAACUUCAAAGUGCAGUUCCAAACGACAGAAGUAUGGCGCUUGGAAAUGUUGUUGUGCUUUGUGAAGAUCCUUACAUGCGGAAACUGUUUCUUAAGGAAAAACUAGCGCAUUUGGUGCUAACCAAGCUGCUUUCAGACGAUAAUAUGGAUAUUGUAGUGGAAGCGCAUGGACUUUUGAGAAAUCUGGCCCUUGAGGAGGGCUACGACGUUUGUGCGUUUCUUUGGAGAUCAGACAUCUGGAAAAGCAUCAACUCCGGAUUUCACAAACUAGAGAAAUCCGUCAAAUGGCUAUCGACUAAUACUCCAACCAAGAAGGAGUCUACCAGGCAACUUUUUGAUUUCGGAGACAAUUUACUGUCUCUUAUCGUUGCGCUGGUGAAUGGAUGCGGUUUCAUCCUGAGCGAUAUCUUAAAAUCUGGCAAGUUACAGGAGAUCUUCGCCGUAGUGCGCUUGAUUGCAGAGUACGGCCUCGAGGGUAUAAAUGGCAGCUUCACUCUUAGAAUCCCAAUUUCUCUAUUCAAUUCCAUUUUGGAUCUGUUGUACGAUUUGAGUUCUGAAUCUCUAGACUUUAUUGAAGCGGUGACUGCCGACUCGUAUUUAUCGGAAUUUGUCAAAGCUCUUCCAACCAUGCAAAUCACAACAGCCAAUGAAUUGACGGGUGUCUUGAUUCAAGGUGUUCUUCUACAGUUCUUGGACUCAGAUAUCACAUCGGAGCAGGCCAAUGCUAUAAUAGUCAACGUUUGUUCUACAAUCGAAAACAUCAAUCUAGAGCAGAUGAAAAAAGUCCUGUCAAAUGCUGACAUUGAUAGCGAACUCAAAGAUUCAUCGAACGAUCAGAUCUCUGGGAAAAUAAAAGAAUUCAACAAACAGCGGGCUUUGGCGGCAAUGCAUCUGCAGAGUAUUGAAGUUACACUUGACAUUGUGACUGCAUCUCUGGAGCUGAUUGCCGCAAAUUCUGAAGCUGGAGGUGAGCCAAUGAAUACAGACCUGAUACGAAGCUUGACCGUUUCCCUUCCGGUGGUCUUCCAAUCGUUAUUUGACGAUUUCAAGGUACGGGUGCUGAUCGCUUGGAACAAUUUACUGUGGCUGUAUCUAACUCUUCAAAUCAACUUUCUCGAGCUUCCUAACGAAAUUUGGCAAACUUUAUGGGAGCGUUUAUCUGCGAACGAUGAGACAGAGGACAAAGAUCUCAGCUUGCGCUUGGGUAAGCUGGGUGUUACAUGGGCGCUCUUAAAGACAGUGCAAGUACAAGAGUCUCAAGCCGCUUACCUGGAGCGCCUGCAGUGCGACAACGUAGAUUUCGCCUCAUCGAUCAUAGCUCAAUACAACGACAUCGAAGGCCUAGAAGAAGAAGAAGUACAAGAUCUAAGGCAGAGGUGCUGUGGUGUUCUAGGGUGUAUCGCGAUGUUGCCAGGACACGUCGAUCUCAAUCGCCAAAUAGGACAAUUUCUGAUAGAACAAAUGGCUAGCGGUAAAUCUUCUCCUGCCACUUUGGUUGACAUUUGCGAUGUUUUGAUUGACAUCUACUGCGAUGCCAACUUCGACUAUGAUGAACCCGUUUUUGUGCAAGGCGGAUUCGUUCGUGUUCUACAAGAAAGUGUAGUGCCGAACCUCAAGCAGAAGUUCAAGUUUGUGGACAAGAAUAAGGAUGCCGAACUGAAAGAAAAAUGUCAGACGACCUUGAGCACGCUGGAAAGAUUCAUCAGUUACAAAUCAACAGAGCAUCGGUGA